AUGCGAGGUUGGCUGGACAAGUGGAGGGAGCAGGUGAAGGGAGGAAGCGGGGAGACACAUAAGUCUAUCGGGCAUGAGGAGAAGAGUUCGGUCAAAGACGAUCACCAAACACCGAGUUCUGAGUCAGGAGUACUAGGGGGAGGGGGAGGGGGACGGGAAGGUGAAGAUGGUAGUGGAAGCGGAGGACAGCAUGAAGUAGCCGACGAAGACAAGAAGAAGAGAAAAGACAGCAUUGCAGUGGAGGACAUGGCAUGGGGCAACGGCAUGCUGUGCCCAUAUUGCUCUAUUCCAUCCUUCAUCGCACGAUGCUGCAAGCUGAGGAGCAGCGAGCCUCUUCGAUGGUCGCAUGCACAAGUGCUGGAAGCGCUUGAUGUGCUCAGCACACACAGGCAUGCUCUGGCGAGACAACUAGGAAGCCUCCCUGGCAAGGAAGACAAAGCCGGAGGGAAGCUUAGGUUUUGCUUCGAAACCCAGCAGGUGGACGGGGAAAAGAUGUUUGCAACGGCGAUGGGCAAGGAAGCUGAUGCCAAGACGUUCAACCGGUUCGUCCUUGACCAACGCAUGAAGACGUGGGGCGUUCAGGUCUCAGACCAUCGCGCUCUCAUCACCUCCUUUGCCGUCCUUCUAUGCCGCCCGGAGUAUCGGAGGAUCUUCAGCGUGGAAGGGAGCGAGCUAGAGUCCUCCCACCCGAGGAUGCAGUGCCUGGUCCACUUCGUCCGCUCUCCCUCCAGCUUCGGCAUCAAAGUCGAUUUUCAGCCGUCGGAAGUCGCAAACAUUCAGUUCAUGGCAAUCGAAGAGCUUUGCAGGCUGUUGGAGCGCGAGGCCGCAAGGCAGAAACUUCUUCGGACAGAUUCGAGUCUUCUUGACCUCCUCCUGCUGAUUGUCAGCUGUCAGAGCAGCGACAGGCCCCCAACAGACCAGAAGUCCAACGAUCAAUUGCAUCAGCAUCUGCAUGAAGAAAGGUUCCUGGUGGCCACGCUUGCGGGGCUUGAGAGGAUAGCGCUCGACGGCAGCAAUGGGGUUGUGCUGGUCAGCAAAGGGUUCCAUACCUUCGUAAUCUCCUCUCUUGGCUCAUCGGGUGAGAAUGGCAGCGGGGACCGAGGGUAUGUGACGGGUUUCCCAGCCAUGGCGAUGGAUUUCCUGCUCAAGGCGAACAUAUUCCGUGGGAGAUCCAUAUCGCUCUCGUUGUUGCAGACUAUGCAAUCUUCUCUCCUCACGAUCCUCAACGGCAUCGCGCAGACAGAGCGGGCGAGAAGGAAUCUCCUUGAAGCAGGUGGUGAGGAAGCUGUCAGAGGGUGCUCGAGAAGGUGCGACGAGUCUGGUCCAUCGGAGCGGAGGGCUGGCAGAGCCUCGUCGAGCUUUGAGCUGGGCGUGUUGAAACAGCUGGAGGAGACGCUGAAGACUGUCCUGCUGGCCUCCUCGGAAGACUACUUGAUGAGCAUGAGGCUGCUAGCUUCCGUUGUCGUGCUCAAGUUGUCAAGGAGCUGCGGAGUUGACUGCAUCGAAAACAAAGGAGGAGGAGGAGUAGACGGAGGAGGAGGAGGAGGAGGAGCAGAGGAAGGGGAGGAGGAGGAGAUCAGCUUGCUUUCCUUGAAAGCGUUGAUGAAGGCGGCGGAUGAGUCGUCGGACCUGCAAAGAUCUCUACAAGGAGGGAGCGGAGGUCAGCCAGUCCGCCAUAGGAAGGAAGGAUUAUCGUCGAUGAUGCUCAAUCUCUUGCAGGCGGUCAGAAAUUUCUGCCUGAGCUCGGGGCUCGGGGCCGUUCUGGUGCAAGACGGUUUGCUCGUUCAUCUCGGAAAGUUUGUGGAGAGCGAGGAGAAGUUGAUACAGCAGGAAUGUGCUGCCGUCUUGUACAACCUGCAGAUUUCUUUGACUCCUGUUCACAAUCAGUUCCACUCUCUGCCCUUUCAGCAGUUUGGUUUUAAGUCGUCUGCAAGGCAAGCUUGA